ACCAAACACAACGGAAAAAGUAGUAAACUCUCCCCAUCCGUCAGACAACCGCAUGCACGAAUAGCUGACGAGUCCGGUCGAGUUCAGAUUGAGUUUUGAGCAGUCAUGCAGGCCCACGAGCUGUUGAAGCAGCUGCGGAUCCCUGAACUGUCGGAGGUGAGGGAUUAUCUGCGCAGUUUCUCCACAAACACACUCCUCGGCAUGGGUGCCUUCACCGCCGUCACUGCAUACUGGUAUGCCACGCGGCCCAAAGCCCUCCAAGCGCCCUGUGACCUGCGCAUGCAGUCCAUAGAGCUGCCCGGUGGGGAGUUUGCUCGUCGAGGCGCAGUGUUAAACGGAGGGCCACUGUUGAGCUUCUACUAUGAAGAUGCCAAAACCAUGUAUGAGUGUUUUCACAGAGGCCUGAGGGAGUCAAAAAACGGUCCAUGCUUGGGAUCCAGAAAACCAAAGCAGCCUUAUGAAUGGCUUUCAUAUUCAGAGGUGAUUGAGCGAGCGGAGAAUUUAGGAUCAGCGUUUUUGCACAAAGGACACUCGAAAAGUGGAGACCCGUACAUCGGCAUCUUCUCCCAGAACAGACCAGAGGUCAGUAUUUACAAACAAAUGCAUCUUCACUGCUAUUAUGCUAGCAAAUUUAUUCCCAUGCUCAGCGUAAAUGAGAACAACCCUUAUUGA